ACAGUGUCUAAGCAAAGAAUGUUUUUCUCCGUGGACUCUGUAUACAGUGUAACGGUUACAUACAUUAAAGCAAAUGGAGAAAGAAUCACUGCAACAGGGAAAGAAGGUGACAAUCUACUUGAUAUAGUUGUCAACAAUAACGUUGAUUUAGAAGGAUAUGGUGCCUGUGAAGGAACCCUGUCGUGUUCCACGUGCCAUCUGAUAUUUAAGCAGAGUGACUACGACAGAUUGGAAGAAGAACCUACAGAUGAAGAACUGGACAUGCUCGAUCUGGCUUUUGGAAGAUCACCCACAUCCAGAUUGGGUUGUCAAGUCUGCGUGACGAAAGAGUUGGAUGGUCUGGAAGUGAACGUUCCCGCCGGCGUACUGGAUGCCAGAGAUUCUUCCACGUGAUGCAAAAUAGAAUAUUUUAGUUAGAAUAAAUAAUUAGUUUUGAAAUUCUAUAUGGUCUGCUUGACCCUUCGAAAUUAUUCAAUUUAACCACUUCUAUGAAUUGUCGUAUGCAAUAUAUAUAUAUAAAUAAAUGUAAAUGUAAAUGUAUACAAAAUGAUAAUCGAAAAGUCAGUCUGUUGCAAAAUUUUGCAUCUGCAAACAAUGAUAGAUAGCCAUAAUAUUGCCUUGACAAAAUUAUGGCACACAAAUAUGUUUUAUGUAUAUAAUAAAUAUAUUUUAAUAACUUAAAGUAGAUAUAUAAAUAUGGCAAGGAUAAAAUAAAUCAAAUAUUUUGUACAAUAAAAAUUUUCAUUUUAUAAUAAAAUAUGUUAACUGAAUUUUUGAGAUUUUGUUUAUAAUUUCUUUAUUCAAUCAAUUUUCUAAUUACUGAUGUUGGUUGUCAGUAGUUCUAUAAUGCUGUAUGUAGUGGUCAAAGACUGUCUUUGUGUAUGCAAAAUAAGUUGCAUACACUUUUUUUCAAGAAAUUAAACUAUUGAACAGAAAAGAGAGAGAGAAAAUGACAACUAACACUAUUGUGAGAAUGCCAGUGAGGGUACAGGGAAAGACAAACUCCUGUCACCAAAUGUGCGAUCGGGGAGGGUGUUCCAGAUUACCCUCUCUCUCACUAUAAUAUCAUAAUCAUGAUUUAUAGUGAGAGAGAAUGAAUCUUGAUAUCAUCUCAGGAUAAUAUCAAGAUUCAGGGGAUAUUAGUAAGGUCUCUCCUUCUAAACUUCAGGAUCCUGACAUCAGUUAAGAUAGACUAAAUUUGCAUUAUUAUUUGCAAUGACAUUGCAUUAGUUUCGUAAUUUACAAGUGGUCUGAAAAUGCUUUUAGUAUGACUGGAGCUUAGGAGGGUUUUACUUUUAUCUUACAAGAUCAACUGUAUACAUGGGAUGACGAUUUUCCAUAGGACUGACGAUGGAGUUAGGCACUUAGUUUUGUUAAGAGUAUAACUUGACUAUUUACAGGGUUCCUACGCACCUGGAAAGUCAGGGAA